CAAGGAGGUGAGGUAUAAUCGUGUAAAUAUGUAAAGAGAAAGGAGUCAGCCAAACAGUAGAAUACAGAGAUAAAAUAACCUUAACCUUAAAACAUUUCCUAUUUUAAAAAGGAGACUGCGAUACUUAUAAACUUUUAAUUAAUUGAUAACACUUGCUUUAACUCAAAGUUAGAAUAAACAAGUGACUCGAGAGGGACAAUGGAGACACAAAAUCCUUUGAAAACUAAAGAACAAACAUCAACCACGAAUUUAUUACAUUUUAAAAAAUUAAGUACUAAGGAACAUGUAAAUAAUUUAUUUGACAAACGUUUCUUAAUCACCGAUAAUGAGUGUUAUCCGUUACCUGAUCCACAGUCAGUGUUUAAGUGUCCUGUGUGGGAAAUUGAACAGUUGCAAACAUUAAAGAAAGAAUUAAAUGACAUAAAAAGUUCUUUAAAUAGUUACAAGCUCGAGGAAUGGCAAAUACAUACGAGAAAUAGAAACAGUGCAAAGAAUGUUAUGCCAUAUUUGAGAAAGUACAUUAAGCCAGAAUUUUUGACUCAGGCAUGGUGUAAGUUCUAUGAAAUAGUGUCAUCCUUCCCUCUAGUACCAGUAACUUGCAUUAAUAAUAAUAGCAAAUGCUUUAAGUCUGUCCAUUUGUGCGAAGCACCUGGAGCAUUUAUAACAUCUUUAAAUCACUGGUUAAAAACAAAUGUAUCUGAGAUUCAAUGGGAUUGGAUCGCUACGACAUUAAAUCCAUAUUACGAAGGCUAUUCCCCGUAUAAAAUGGUUGGCGAUGAUAGAUUCAUAAAGCAUACGUUAGAUCAUUGGUGCUUUGGUGAGGAUAAUACAGGGGACCUCAUGAGCAUUGAAAAUUUGAAUGAACUCAUAAAAAUGUCAGAGCCUUGUAACAAUGUAUUUCUAGUCACUGCUGACGGCAGUAUAGAUUGUACGGAUGAUCCAGGGGAACAAGAGAACAUAGUAGCACAUUUACACUUCUGUGAAACUGUAGCUGCUCUACACCUUUUACAAACUGGGGGUAGUUUUUUGUUGAAAAUUUUCACAACUUUCGAAUGCCAUUCAAUCUGCUUGAUGUAUUUCCUGUGUUGCUGUUUCAAUGAAGUUAGCGUAGUCAAGCCAGCAACAAGUAAAGAAGGAAAUUCUGAAAGUUAUAUUGUUUGCACAAAUUUUAAGGGGCAGUCACAUGUGUUGCCAUUCCUGAAGGAGUUUACAAAAUACUAUGAAUGUGGCUCUGAAAAAGCUAUGUUUAAUAAGGACGAUAUUCCAUGUUCAUUUAUAUCAAGGAUUAUAGAGUGUAGUAAAUUUUUCAAGUGUCACCAAAGUCUGGUCAUAAUGAAUAAUAUUAUUACAUUUAAGUCUGAUAAUACUAAAAUGCUUAAUGAUAUGAAGCAAAUUCAAUAUCAAGUUGUUGCAAAGUAUAUCACAGAUUAUAAUGUAAGAAAAUUGAUGUUGGGAGAGAUUGUGGGAAAUGCAAAACUGACAGCAUCUAAUGGUGUUAAAAUUGUAAGAAUGAUACUUGGAUCUUACAAUGAACGUUAUGAACGACAUCAUUUAGCACCAUGGGAUCAAUUAAAAGCUCUUUAUGAUGACACUAAUAAAUUAGAGAUUGAAUAUCCUUCAGAUAAAACUGUAGAACUCACUGUCAAUAAAUUGCCAGGAGAUUUACAAAUUUCUUUGGGAAAAGCCUUUCAUACGGUAUUGUCCUCAAGAUUAUGUCAUGAUGGUAUUCUUAGAAUAAAAACGAAAAUGGAUGAUAUUCUUGUCAGCAUGGGACAUAAAAUAGAAUAUCCGCACAUUAAAAAAGUUACUAGGUUGAAAAAAGAGAUACUCAGUAAAAGAGGACGUAAAAUUAUAACAUUCCAAUAUACAGAUAUUUAUGACAGCCACAGAAUAAUUGUUAACAUUUGUGAAACAGUACACAGUCUUGAUACUGGAGAUAUUUUAGUGUUAGUUGGUUAUUCAUUGCUUACUUGCCUCAAUGUCGGGCUUCUCUAUCUCUUAAGUUGUACUUUUGAUUCACUCAUAAUUCAACAUUCUACUGAUAUUGGCUCAAUGAUUAUAUUAAAAAAUUAUCGCUGUGACAAGGAAAUACUGAAAAAUUUCACUGAUAUCAAAAAUAUCUCUUCUAAUAUUCAACAAACAGAAAGAGCUGUUUUGCAAAUAAUUCCUGCAACAAUUCUAUAUGAAUGUGACCUUCUCUACCCAAUUGUGAAUACUAAUCAUUGGAUUAUCAAAUCAUACAUUCAUUAUGUUUUCACUACAUUAGAGAAACAUAUUAAAGAAGGAAAGUAAGCUGUAGCAGUUCUGCAAUAUAUAAAUGCCAAAGUGGUAUCAAUACUUUUGAUACAAUAAAUAAUAAUUUACACUCAUAACUGGUGUAUUCUAUAGGAAAAUAAGCCGCAGCAGUUCUACAAUAUAUAAAUGCCAAAGUUGUAUCAAUACUUUUGAUACAAUAAAUAAU